ACGCCUUCUCCUGCACCUCAACAAGGGCCCCUCCACACCACACACAUGGCCUGCUACGACCUCUGCCGCCCCUGCGGACCCACCCCGCUGGCCAACAGCUGCAACGAGCCCUGUGUCAGGCAGUGUGAGGACUCCCGCGUCGUCAUCCAGCCUCCCACCGUGCUGGUCACCCUGCCAGGACCCAUCCUCAGCUCCUUCCCCCAGAGCACCGCCGUCGGAUCCUCCUCAUCCGCUGCCGUGGGCAACGUCCUGGGUGCCCAGGGAGUGCCCGUCUCCUCUGGGGGCUUCGGCUACGGCCUUGGCAACGGCUUCGGAGGCCUGGGCUGCUACGGUGGUGGAAGAGGCUGCAACAUCUGCUAAGGGCUCUUGACAACAUGCCUGAAACCAGCCACCCACAUUCUGGAAGCCCUGUCAAGGAUUGAGGAUGCAUGUCUGGGAUAUUUCUGAUGCAUAUAUCUGCUGUUCACAGCUCCUCUCUAGGCACUGAGAAAGUAAGCAGGACAGUAGCCAGCCCAUCCGGCCUGAAAAUAUGGCCCUUGAUUCUCCUCCUCUUCUCCCUUAUUUGCAUCACUCUGUCUCCUAUGUCAGGUACUCUCUGUCCUAACCAGCAUCUCACAAGCUAAGAAAGCUUCAGGGGACCUUUAGUGGGCUCCUCCCAGUUCAGGACUUGGAGACCUCAGUGCUCUGAGAGCAUGUUCUUGAAUCAGAAAACCUCGGUGAAUAGUCAUCCUACCCACACCUUAGACCAGCUCUCUACAACCUUAUGAUGUUACAUUUUCAUCCUCUUUUUUCAAUAAAGUUCUUCUGCAUUCAA